CCUACCUGACUACUGGACUACUUGACCCCUCAUUCGCCCACGUCGGCCCACAAACACUGUGCGAAUUCUUGACGCUGGUCAUCAUCACUUUUCCUGCCCUGCCUUGCCUUGCCUUGCUUUGCCCUGCCCCGGAUAAUUAUCUCCACCAAGCUUCCUUCAAUACAACUCUCUCCGGCUCGACAACACCAACACACACACACAAACAUCAUCCUUCCAUCCCAUACCGAGUACAGACGUACAUAUACGCACCUUGACCCUAGAGCCAGCGCCCUCAGACACAUGGAGUUCGCAUCUUCCACGACCUUUUUCCGCUACAUGUACCACAAAGCUCUGCGAUAACAUCCAGCACACCCUCAGCCAGCGAAAAAAGGUGGACCACACCGCUAGAUCAACACACACGUGUACAACUCAUAUAGUGCCCAUCGCCCUUCCUUCCUCGGGCCCAAACUUUUUCCUUCAGCCUCGAUAAGCUUGCAAGAGACGAAAACCGCCAACAUGCGCGACCUCAGACGUCAAGCUCUCGAGAGCCACAAGACCGUGUCGCGAAAGGCCCAGUCCAAGGUCUCCUCGCGCGCCUCCUCCGCCGCUGGAUCCCGCGCAUCAUCUCACGCAGGCUCGAGAAAUGCGAGCAGGCACGGCUCAGAUGAAGAGGAAGAGAAUCUAAGUGAUAGCACGAACUGGAGCACAAACUCGAUCGACGAACUACUCUCCGGCGAAGGCGUUGAGGAUGACGGCACCGACGCCUGGAAACAGACCCUCAGUGUCCGCAUCGAAGAGAUCAUCGACCGCAAGCGCAGCAGCAUCCAGGGUCGCGAGCUUGCCUACGCAGUCUAUGUGCACCUCCUGACUACACACUACGCUUUCGAUACUAUCUCGUCCCGGAAAUCAGACCUUCUCGCCGCCUUCCUCAAGAGUAUCAAGGCCGAGAGCAGCGAGAAGGAGACACAGCUCGCCAUCCGCGCCAUCGCCGUGACCCUCAUCACUUCGCCGUCCGACGCUGCCUAUGCCACCGUUUUCCCAGCCAUCAAGCGCAUCUACACGAGCUCCGAGUCGAUUGCCGCGAAGACCACGGCGAUUUCCUCCCUCGGUUCAGUCCUCAUGUACGGUGGCGCAGCAGACGAAGCCACCGAGGAACUCCUUGACGAGCUCCUCGAGAUUAUCGAAUCCGACGGCACCUCCAUCGACGCAGCUGACGAAGCACCCGUCGUCGUCGCUGCACUCGAGUCCUGGGGCUUCCUGGCUACCUCCCUCGACGACAUGGAAGACCGUAGUGAAGAAGCCAUAGAAGCCUUUGUCGAGCAGCUCGAGAGCACUGACGCCGCCGUCCAGAUCGCCGCAGGGGAGAACAUCGCUUUGCUGUUUGAGAAAUCAUACACCGAUCGCGAAGAAGAUGACGGGCCCCCUGAGGAGAUAGAAGAUGAGGAGGGAUUUCCCUUGGAUACCUCGCUAGUCAAGCGCUACAACGUCUACCGCCAGACCAACCAGCUUCAGCACACCCUGCGCCAGCUCGCAGCCGUUUCCUCCAAGUCCAUCAGCCGUAAGGACCGCAAGCACCUGCACUCCAGCUUCGGCGAUAUCCUGUGUACCGUCGAGCACCCACAGCGCGGACCGCGAUACCAGAAGGCGAUUGACCAGGAGACUGGGAAGCGAUACGGGAGCCGGAUGAAGGUUAAGGUUCACGGUGGGGGUUCGAUGACGAUUGACCGGUGGUGGAAGCUGAUGCGACUGCAUGAGCUAAGACGUGUGUUGGGAGGUGGCUUUGUUGUGCAUUACGAACAUAACGAGGUGGUGUUUGAUAGCUUACCGAUUAUGAUGUCUCUACAAGACGACUAAAUGCAGACUUCGCUCCCAAAAACGGACUCCUGAGUCAACCCAUCAGAUGUCUCUUGGCCGACUUCAACUAAACACAUAUUUCGGGAAGCAUACGAUACCCUGGCGUUUAUCAUUUACAGCCCACGGACAAGACACAUACCGUGGCGCUUGGAGGUUUUCUCUCAUUUAUCUAUCUCUUGAUUUAAUAUUUGUUUUUGGGGCGGUGGUUGUGCAGGAUGGAAAAAAAGGGUGGAAUUCUUUAAGAGAAUCUUAAAUGACCUUUCGGCGGAUUUGCCUACUUGGUUGAUAGUUUAUUUAUCUUUGUUUUAUAAGAUGAUUUUAAGCAUGACGUGCGCGAGAAUAUAAGAAAUCGU